AUGUCAAAUAUAACGAAGAAUAGGAGUAAUGGAAAUGAAGAGGGUGCAGAGCAGAGAAAAGGGCCUUGGACGCUUGAGGAAGACACUCUUCUCACCAAUUACAUUUCCCAUAACGGUGAAGGCCGAUGGAAUCUGCUCGCUAAAUCAUCUGGGCUAAAGAGAACAGGAAAAAGUUGUAGAUUGCGAUGGUUGAAUUACCUUAAACCCGACAUAAAGCGCGGGAAUCUCACCCCUCAAGAACAACUUUUAAUCCUCGAGCUCCACACUAAAUGGGGUAACAGGUGGUCCAAAAUUGCGCAGUACUUACCCGGAAGAACAGACAACGAGAUCAAAAACUACUGGAGAACUAGAGUUCAGAAACAAGCACGGCAGCUCAACAUCGAUUCCAACAGCCACAAAUUCGUGGAAGCUGUCCGUAGCUUAUGGGUUCCAAGAUUGAUCCACAAGAUGAAAGAUAACACAUACACCAACACUAAAGCUUCUCCUCCUGAUUCACUUGGACCUAUUUUACAAGACAAGGGUUUCACUCACGAAUCGGGUUUCAACAACAUUGAUUGUUCAACAUCCAUAUCCAUGUCUCAAGAUCUCCACAAAAUUUCACAAUUCAUGGAUUUGUCUGAUCUUGAAACCACAAGUUCACUAUACUUUGAUGGAUCACAAGGGAGAAGUAGUCAAUGUGUGAGUGAAGACUAUAGCUCUUUCCCUUGCCUAGAGGGGGACUACAUGGUUGCCACCAUGGGCAAUUCAGGCAUUUUACAAAUGCAAGAUUGCUACAUGGCAGAUUCGACUUACGAGGAAGAUGUGACACAAGAUCCAAUGUGGAACAUGGAUGAUAUUUGGCACUUUAAGGAGUAUGCAUACUUGAGUUAG